AUGAGGACGACGGCAAUCGUCGCGGGCUUGGCCCUCGGCGGCGGGCAGCCGACGACGGCUGGUGGACGGGAGGCAGAACUCGACGAGCUCGAGGCACGAUGGGGUUCCGAGGCGAGCAGACAUACACCCACAUGCCUUUGGGCAUUCUCAGGCAUCGGGACUUUUGCCCACCUCGACUACGCCAAGUGCCUCACGGACCCGUCGGUGGCAUACGAUAUCGCCAUCGUAGGGGCGCCCUUUGAUACGGCCGUCACCUUCAGGCCAGGUGCCCGCUUCGGCCCGCGGGCCAUCCGCCAGGCUUCGUCUCGGCAGACGGCAUUCCGGAGCUUCAACACACGGGCUGGUGUCAACCCGUACAGGAGCUGGGCGACGAUUGUCGACUGCGGCGACAUCCCGAUCACGCCGUUCGACAACGACAUCGCUCGUGAGCAGAUGACGCAAGCGCUCACGCAGCUGGGUCGGCGGCAGACGGUGUCGGCGCUGAGUCCCAAGCCCAGACUCGUGACGCUUGGCGGCGACCACAGCCUGACGCUGCCGGCACUGCGCGCUCUCAGGCAGGUUUACGGACGGCCGAUGCGCAUGCUCCACUUCGAUGCUCAUCUCGAUUCGUGGAACCCCAACGCGUACCCGUCGAGUUGGGGCGUCACGCCUUUCACCCACGGCUCCAUGCUCUGGAUGGCCCAUCAGGAGGGACUCCUCUCCAACUCAUCCACCGAGGCCUCUGUCCACGCCGGCCUGCGCACGCGGCUGUCGGGCGACGGUUGGGCCGACUACGAGGACGAUUCGUCGCAGAACUGGGUUCGUUUCUCGUCCGACGACAUGGACGAGAUGGGAACUUCCGGUAUCGUCGCCGGCAUCAUGAAGACGCUCGGGACCGAGGAGCCCGUCUACCUGUCGGUCGACAUUGACGUGCUUGACCCGGCUUUUGCUCCCGGCACGGGGACGCCCGAGCCCGGCGGCUGGACGACGCGCGAGCUCAUCCGCGUGCUCAGAGGCGUCGAGGGCUUGAAUCUCGUGGGCGCCGACGUCGUCGAGGUGUCGCCUGCGUAUCAGGGUCGUGGUGAGGAGACGGCCCUUGCGGCCGCUCAGGUCGUCUUCGAAAUCCUGAGCUCCAUGGUGAAGAUGGGCGUGGCAGCCGGAAAAGACGGGGCGAAUGGUGUCUCCAAAAAGGAUGAGCUCUAG